CAUUUCCUUUUUCUCGUGUGUCAAGUCCAGGGCGUUUAUUUCCACCCCCUUUUCCCGUUUUCAACAGGAAGAAUUAAUGAAUACAAGAAUAUAGAUUUCAUAGCAAACAAAGUUUCAAAGCAACGUAAGUCUCAUUUUGCAAUAUGUCCGCAUUAAAAUUUGAUCAAAGCCUAUUCUUGUUCAUCUAAAUGGCAAACGUGUGAUAAAUACUAGUUCUUGGGUAAGUGUCGAAAGUUAAAGAGUGAUUCAUGCUUUUUUCGCCUUGAACCAAAGCAAUGAGGAAGAGAAGCAAAUAUUUUGGAAUUGCCGGCACCAUGCCCCAAUUUAAAGCUACAAUUAGGUUUUAAUCAAUAGUCAUAUUUUUAUUGAAAAAAUGUUGAGUGUGGUGUAUAUACUGAUAUACUAUAUACUAUGACUAUAUACUUAUACUAUUAUAAUUAUAUAUUUAUAGUAGUAAAAGUAAAGGCUAGUGAUCAGUAGCCUAGCUUAGGCCUAGGCUUUUAUUUAAUUUAUUUUUAUAUAAAUAUAAAUUAUAAUUAUAAACUGAAGUAGUGGUUAUAUAUUAGGCUUUGCUAAGCUAAGGCUAAGUAAAAUUAGAUUCUGAUUUUUAAAAAGAUAAUAAAUUUAUUUAAGGACCUAAUCUACUAUUUAUUAAGACUAAUAGUAAUAGUAGGCCCACUUCCAUUCUAAUUUGAAAAUAGGCCUAAAUUUAGUCAUGAGUAUUACUAGUAUUAGACUUUUAUAUUUGAAUAUUUUCAACUAUUUUUCUCUGCUAGUUGCUCAUUUCCAAUCCGUUUGAAAUCUGGUUUUGUUUUAUAAUUUAUAAUAAAUAGUAAAAAUAUGAUUAGUUAGUGUGAUAACUUUCCAGUUCAUGUUAAAUUUGGGGUUAACAGUAUGGGCAUGGGUUUUUGCCAAGAGUUGUCUUGCUAUAAGUGCAGUGACGUCACUUUAGGGAAUCCUAACACUGGAAUGAAUAGACCAAUCGUUGGACCUGAAUGGUGUGUGUCAUAGUCAUACCUUUCCAAUUCUUCAUUGAGCAUUACUAGCAUCAUAAACUAAAUCUGAUGAUCGCAGACCUGUUUACUCGUACGAUUUUGGCGUAAAAUGUACGAUUUUGAGGUUUAUACAUUAUAUAUACUGAUUUUUAUUUUACUAUUAAGAUAAUGUAUUGAUUGAUUUUGUGAUGAUAUUGUAAGAUUUUAAGAGUUUGAGGGUAAACAGGUCUGUGAUCGAUACAGUUAAUAUGAAGCAUAGUAAAAUACAAUUUUCUAUUAAUUUGUAUUAAAAUUCAAAUUGUCAAAUGACAAGUUUAAAAAAAAAAAUGAAAAAAGAACAUCCUCACUGAUACCCCAAGACCCAACAUGGGUGGGGAAAAAAACAUGCCCAAAAGUAAAAGUGCUUUCUUUUUAUUAUUUGAAAAUCAAAAUACCUGUAUCACUGUUUGCUAAAACUUCUGUAAUGAAACGGAGACUGCUAUUUAAUUAGUAUUGGAAAUGGGCGUAGAUUAGGAAAUAUUUGAUAACUGUGUUUCAGAAUCAAUUUAGAAGGCAUUUAAAGUGGAAUGUUGUCUUUGGAAGUUUAAAAAACUGGUAGAGUCCAUAUUAAUAUAAAUUAAUCAUAAUUUUAUGUGUGCAAAAUCUCAGAGUUUCAUUAAUAAGAGUUUGUUUUGUGCAAACACUAUUAAACCAUUGGCUAGCGAAAGCUUUAAUUAAUUAAUUAGUCAUGGGUUAAAGUUGAAAGUUCAAAAUAUUUUUUAUACUAAAGUAACUAAUGAUUUCUAUCAUUUCACGUGACAUUUCACCAUAAUUUUCCUCCCACUUUAAAUACCAAAAUAAGAAACUAAUAAAUCUUCUCGGGGUCUCCCGACCCCUCCCCAAAACCCCUUCCUUCACUUUAAAAAAAUAUAUAAUAAGUAAAAAAAAACUAGCAUUAAGUGAACACAAAGUCAGAUCUGUUUAAUAUGGCGCUGUAGACAGAAGUUGACAGUGGAACACAUCGCUAGCGUUAUUCCUAACCCAAAAUCACCCUACUUCUUCACUGAAGGUAGAGUUUCAUAGAUGUAAUCAUACGAUCGAUACAGUUAAUAUAAAAUUAAUAGUAAAGAAAUUUUGCAUUUUUUUUUUUUUUUAAAUUGUAACUUACAAGGUUCAAAAGAAAUCCAUUUUUAAAGAGAUAAGUGAGAGAAAAAACAAACUCAUUUGUUCAGUAUUAAUUUGUUAUGUUAUUUUGCAUUUCAUUGUUUGCAUUAUUAACAAAUUAAUCAGUAAUGAGUUGGUGUUUAUUUUAAUAUUAGGUUUAAUUAUUUGCAGCCUGUGAAAGAUUUACUCAUUGCGAUAAAAGUGGCCCAUGAAGCCUUUUGGGUUGGCCACCCCUGUAAAAGAUUAUGUAGUAGCAUGUGGGGGUAUCAUGGUAAAACUAUAAAAUUCAGUGAAUCUAUUCGAUUUACGGUUAUUGACAACCAAUUGUUAUAUUUCUAUCAAAUCCACUGUUAUUUUGAAAUUCUAACUAUUCAUAAGAGUUAGCGUAAGUCUAAUGUUCUCAUUGUUCUAGUUUUGUCUUCUUUGACUCUAAUAAUAUAUUGCAUGGUUCUGCUAGGCCUAAUAAUAAUUGGAAUGGUCAGGUUUACUGCCACAGUAAACCUAUUACAAUAAACUAAAAGCUGAUGUAAAUUAUUUUACGUUCAUGGGCUAAAGCUGAAUCGACUCUCGCUGGUGCGAGAAUUAACAAAUUUGUGAACUUUAUUACUGGACUUAGUUGUUAAUAGUAUCAAUCUUUAAUAGGCCUACAUGUUGUUUCUUUGUCUCUUUUAGCGAUAUUUAUUAUAAGAGCUAAAAAAAUAAUUGUAGCUAUUUUUCCCCAACACUUUCCUUGAAAUUUAAAGAUGUUUUAAGAGUGCAUUAUAGUCUAUGCAUUCACCACAGUAUUUUAUUCCUUUUUUUAUUAUUCCUAAGCAAUUUUCUACUACAUUUCCCUAUUUUUAGAGACAUUUGAUGAUUGUACUCACCAUGUAUGAAACAUUUUUUGGUUGUUUUUAUUAGUGUAAAAUAAAAGUAAAAAUUAUUGUAUAGGUUUAUGUUCCUCAAAACAGAUGGCGUUUAUGAGAAAAAGCAAGUUUCGGCAUGUGUUUGGCAAACCCUUAAAGAGAGAUGAGUGUUAUGAUGGAAUCCGUAUCACAAGAACAUCAUGGGAAUCCACAUACUGUGCUGUCAACCCUAAAUAUGUAGCUGUUAUUACAGAGGCAGCAGGAGGUGGAUCCUUUCUGGUUUUGCCACUUGCUAAGGUAUUAACAUUUUAAUAUACUCUUAUAAAAUAUAGUUCAUAAUUGAAACAGAUUUGUAUAGAGACAUGGUUUACACCCAAAUUUUAUUAUACAACCUGUUUUUUUUUCUUUUACAUAAUUGGUCAAGACUGUUACUGUAGUAUUGUAACACUGCUAAUUGUUUAUUGCUCUUAUUAAUUUCCAUGAUGUGAGUCAGUUGGGUUUUUUUUUGUUUUUUUGGGGGGUGGGGGCUAUAAUUUUAAAUCUUAGGAUUUAGUUUUUGAAAAGCCAGCAGGGGUGAAAGUUCAACAUAUUCUAUAUCCUAAGAAUUUUGUCAAAAAGUUCUUUAUGAUAAUGAGGAGGGGUGCCAUUAUUCCGGAUUCAUUGGGCUAAAUAUUUUUCAGCUUCAGGUUCACGAGUUUUUAUUUUCUCUCGAUCUGAAUUCACCAGUUCAGUUUAUUCAAAUAUGGAUUCUGGGAUUUUAAAAAAAAAUGUGUAAGAAUGCGCGAAAGCCUAUUCAUUAGAACAGGUGCUGCGACCUCUCGCUUUCAUUUGCGACCUCUCUUCUUGCUGUGUCAAGUUAAAUUCUACAAUAUAUGAAUUUGAUGAGUUUCGUUAAGUUUCAGGGUUGGAAAAUUUGUAAAUGAAUUAUCAGGUUUCAAGAAAUUUUUAGAAAGGUUUUUUCAGGUUUCACAGCUUUCAGUGAGUGGCACCCAUGCUAAUGAGUCAAAUGUUAAAGCUUGUAGUUUAGUCCUAUAUAAACUUUCCUUCAGUGCAGAUACACAAACAAAACAAUUGACUUGCAAAAUAUAGUGGAAUACUUAUAAAGUGAAUGCAUAAUUCUUAUAUUUUAUGACCUUUGUUCACAUUAAUUCUUAAAAUAACAGUUUUGAAACUUAAUCAGACAUGCCAACCCUUCCGAUUUUGUUGGAACUAUACAUAUUUUUUAUCCCUCAUUCUGACCUUCAGGCAAACUCCUUAAAAUUACGAUUUUCCGAACAUUAUAAUUUUUACCCGCCAUAAAAAUUCGAAAGUGACAACAAAAAAAAUCAAAGAAAAAAAUUGGGUACGACAGGAAGUGGUGCAUUUCGAUCCCUCUUCCUUUGUUUUUAUGAAGUGUUUACAAGUCUGAUGGACCGGACGAAUAAGUUCUCUAGAUAUUCGUCCGGCAAUUAUAUAUUCGACCAAGUCACAUGACUGCCAUAACAAAGUUGCACGAGAUAUUUGUCCUUCAGCCCUGUUACUUGACCGAUAAUAGUCGAUCAGAAUUUGCAGUACUUCAUUUCAACAAAUACAAGUCAAUGCUAACCUUUUAAGUCAGUCUGGACAUUUUUAUGAAACAGAAAUAUGUUCAAUUCUACAAAAGAAAUGCUUUAAACAUUGCUGGUAUAUAUAAUGAACAAAUGGUUAAAAUGUGACAGUGUUAAAUAAAAUGUGACAUGCCCGCCAGAUGACUAUCCUCCGCCCUAUUUGUCCUGUCACUAGACAUGUAGUCACUGCCUUGUUUUUUUUCAAAGUGAACCGCGAUCUCUAAAUCAUUCUUCAAUCAUCAAUUGAUCCGAUCGUCAUUCAUCCUUUUACUAGGCUUAAAAAUAAUUCAGUGGUGUUGUGACUUUUUUUAAAUUUUUGUUAAAGCUUUUCUUAAUUAAAUGGAUACAUCUAUUAAAAGUGGUGGGUACAAUGAUAUUAAUAAACAUAUUUCAACACCAAAAAAACAAACAUACAACUUCAGCUUAAGCAGGUGCAUCUACUACAUACAUGUCUAAUUUCUUUGCUAAGGAAUUGGACGAUUCAGUUAUCAGAUCAGAAGUUGUUUUUACUGCCUUUCUUAUUGAAGGAAAUAUUUCUCUAGCCAACUCCUCAUUUUAAUGCCAAAGUCAAAGAAAUGUUUCCAGAUUCCCAAAUUGCUAGAAGAUUGUAAAGAUAAAUUACAGUGAAUAUGAAACAAGGGCAAGCAUGAAAGUUGAUAAUCUUUCUAACUUGCUUGUAACAAAAGUCAUUUGCAAUGCUAACCUUCAGUUGUCCAAAGAACUGUUGGAAAAGUGCAAAAAGGCCAAUAGGGAUAUGCUGGAAAACUGAAAUCUUAGCAGCAUGUGUACAUAUGUAAAUAAAAUGGUUAUGCUGCCCUGUACUGUAUAUAAAUAUAAACAUUUCCAGUAAUGUUUUUCUCAUUUUCUAUGGUGAUCUGUGGACUCUUCAAAGAUAAUGAAGGUAACUUUAUAUUUUUUUCUUUACUUAAAAAAGGCUUUUGCAUUAGUGGGUAUGUAGAUCUUAAAACCAACGCCCCCCCCCCCCCCCCCCCCCCCAAGUGCAGCAACAUCACUCCCGCACCCCCCUACAGAUUUUUUUUCCUUGGCAGGUUGGCAGGUGUGCUUAAUCAUUGAUGUUAUGUUACAACUGAUGUAACCAUGUUUAGAGCAAUGAGGUGGUAUGGCCUUACUUGAGCUCACUGACUUUUGUCCCAGUUCAGAGUUUGACACUUUAUAUUGUACAUAUUAUUUUUAUUUUUAUGAUUUUAAUUUCUAGACAGGCAGAGUCAACAUUGACCACCCGAUGGUAGCUGGUCAUAAAGGAGCUGUUUUGGAUAUCGCAUGGUGCCCACACAAUGAUGAUGUCAUUGCUAGUGCAUCAGAAGAUUGUACGGUCAAGUUGUGGCAAAUUCCUGAAGAUGGACUGAAAGAGAAUUUAGUUGAACCCGUUGUUGACCUGUUUGCCCAUCAACGUAGAGUUACACUGCUAGUCUGGCAUCCAACUGCAAUGAAUGUCUUGUUGAGCACAGGUAUGUUGUGUGUGCUACAGAGAUCAAGUCUAAUGUGGGAUUACACUCAAACAGAAGUUAUUGACAGAGAAGCCUCAUUAAGUAAAAAGCUUGGGACUAAUAUUAAAGCAGCUUUUAAAUAGACUUUAUUUUAAAAGUAGAUUUAUAUUUAAAUUUUUUAUCCAUUUUUUUCGGCUUCUUUUGUAAUAUUAUAGCAUGUGUUGUGACCUAAAGCAGAUUAAAUUUACAAAAACCAUAUAACAGUUCGUAACACUAUUGUAUUGUUUUUGAAAAAAAAAUAAAAACAGUCUAUUGAAUGGCAGUUUUAUUGUUGAUAGCUAUUUUAUUUUGUAUUUAAGGCUCUGACAACCUUGUUAUCAUCUGGAAUGUUGGCACUGGCGAGGCCAUGUUGCAGAUAGACAUGCCUGAUCAAAUUUACUCUGGUUCAUUCAACUUUGAUGGCAGUCGAUUUGUCUGUACAUGCAAAGACAAAGUCUUGCGUAUUGUUGAUACCCACACAGGCAAAACAAUUAAGGUAAGAGUCUUUUUAUAGCCACUAUUUUGUUAAAAGUUAUGUGGUGAAGAUAUCUUAGGAAUAGAUUUUUAAAAUUGUGUUAUUUUCUUCGGAAACACAAUCUUAAGUCUUAAUGGAUGUUGUAACAUCUUUUAAAUGAUAAAUAUUAAAAAAUGUACUGCCUUUUUUUUUCAUCAGUCACAAAAGCUAUUAAGGAGAUAUCCAUAAAUUAUAAUAAAUGACUUUGUUAAUGUCCAAAUUUAUCAGUAGGUAAUCUAAAGCCAUCACAACUUUUUUAAACUGUAAAAGAAAAAAAAUUUUUAGAUCAAAAUGUAUUUUAUUUUAACUAUAUUGUGUUUGUUCUCCAGGAAGGUAAAUGCCACAUGGGAUCUAAGCCAGCUCAGUGUGCAUAUUUAAAGAAUGGUCAAGUGUUCACCACAGGAUUUUCUAAGAUGAGUGAGAGGCAAUAUGCAUUGUGGGAUGAGGUAACCAUUUUUUUUCCUCUUGUCAUUCUGUAAUUUAUUGAAGGUCAUGAUUUAUUAAUUAUCUAAAUAUUGUUAGCUUGUACUCAAAUAAUACCCCUUUUUAAAAAAGUCUUCCUAAUUUUGCAAAUUACCAAUGCUAUUUGGACAUACCUUGAAAUUUUAUUUGAAUGUUUAUUUCUGAUUUCUGUGUUCCAGAAUGAUUUGAAUGAACCUAGAACAAUAGAGGAGAUAGACUCAAGUAAUGGUGUCAUGUUUAUCUUCUAUGACUCAGAUACAAACAUGGUGUAUCUGGCUGGAAAGGUGAGUUUAAAGUUUGACAAGACAAAACAUAAAAAAUUUCAACAGAUGCACAGACCUGUUUACUCUUACGAUUUUGGCGUACAAUGUACGAUUUUGAGGUGUAAACAUAUAUACUGUAUGCAUAUUUUUUACUCUAAAUAAAAGGUAUUGAACGAUUUUGUGAUGAUAUUUUACGAUUUUAAGAGUUUGAGGGUAAUCAGGUCUGGAUGCAUUUGACAUUUAACUUCAAACACAUCUGAACAGAUACACUUGACAUUCAAUAUAAAACUCAUCUUUAACCCUAUAACUGUCAAAACGGCAAAUCAUCAGCCGUUAUACCACUUUCUGUGGUGUCUAGACCGAUAUGGUUGCCCGCUAGCAAAAUCGUAAUUAAAAAUGUGGUUUAAUGUAUGUUAUUUAAGUGGAAAUCACUCUAUAUAAAUGCGUUUGCUUUUUAUUACCGUUAAUAUUUGUGCGUUAACUUAUAUUUAUCAAAAUAAAAUGAGUAAAACAGAGUAGGGUUAAACCUGAAAAAAUAAACGCAACAAAACACGCUGUUUUGUUGCGUUUAUUUUUUCAGGUUUAACCCUACUCUGUUUUACUCAUUUUAUUUUGUACUAACCUGAUUGCAGUCUCUCCCCUUAUUACCCCUUAUAUUUAUCAGGGAUUUUUUUGGUGAUAAAUCGGUUGUGAAAUUUUCACAAAUUUUUUUCCCGCCGUAAUGUCUACGGGUUCCCCUCUAGAUUGCAAAAUCAACACAGAAUUUCUAUUGGAAUUAUGUCAAAUAUAUUAUAAUAAAAGCAAUGAUUUCAGGGAUAUUCCAUGUGCUAGUAAUGACAAUAUUAGCUCUAGUUGUGAUGGCGACAUAAUAGUUAGAUAUUGACAAUUUUAACCCUAAGCUUAGUCAUACUAUUACAGACAAAUUUUGUUUGUUAACGGGUGGAAACAAAGAGAAAAAGACACAUAUUGGAUCCCAAAGACUUAUCCAAAAAUAUUUAUGUUUAUGUAUAUUCUGAGGUAUUAAUCAAUAAAAACAUGGAUUUAAAAACUUCAAUUAAAAAAAAAUCAAUUUUUAAACUCAUUUCGUGUCUUUCCCCUCGUAUUUUGUUUAACAAAAAUUUGAAGUUUGGGAAUGAAAACAAAUCACAAAUAUCACAAGUUUUCAAUAUAAGUAUCUGUAACUUGUCAUUAUCUGAAAGAAUAUUGCUUCAAGUAUCUCAAAAACAUGAUUUUAUGAUAGUUUGAACUGUUUAGGGUGGUUUGGGAAUUCAGAAGUUGAGUAUUAAAAUUUUACUCACUCUAUAAAGGUCAAGGUCAAUAUCGGCAUAUUUAAUAUAAAAACAAAUUCUUUUCAUACCAAAAGAUACCUGUAUACUUGUAAGGUUCUUUUAAUUCAUUUAGUCUGGGGUUUUUUUUUAUUUUUGACAAGCAUAUGAAAUAGCUAAAAAAAAUGGCUUGAUGCUAUAGAAAAUGUUCUGUUGAAUCUCUUAACACAUUUUUAAAAUACCCUUAUUAAAAAAAAAAAGGUAAAUUAAUGUAAGUAUACAAAGAAGUAUACCCACUACUUGUGUUAUUUGCAAACAAAACGCAAUGAGCAUUAUCAAAAACUUUUUUUUCAUGACUGCAUUUUUUUUUAAAAGCUUAAUAGUCAUUUCUUUGUGUUUUCCAUUCCCAGGGAGACAGUAUAAUCCGUUAUUAUGAGGUGACAGAUGAAGCCCCAUAUGUUCACUUCUUGACAUUGUACCAGUCCAAUGCACCUCAGAGAGGCAUUGGUUUCAUGCCCAAAAGAGGACUUAAUGUAAAUAACAAUGAGAUUGCCCGGUAAGUUCCAUGAGACAUUAGCAACACCUAACUUUGACAAUCUGCAUACUGAAUCCUUUAUCAGCACAGAUAAAAUAGCUCAUGCUUGCAUGUCCAGAAAUCAAACUGUUUUACAUUGAAAGGCCUACUCUCCACCUAAACCUGUUUUACAUCGAAAGGCCUACUCUCCACCUAAACCUGUUUAACAUUGAAGGGCCUACUCUCCGCCUAAACCUGUUUUACAUCGAAAGGCCUACUCUCCACCUAAACCUGUUUAACAUUGAAGGGCCUACUCUCCGCCUAAACCUGUUUUACAUUGAAAGGCCUACUCUCCACCUAAACCUGUUUAAUAUUGAAAGGCCUACUCUCCACCUAAACCUGUUUAAUAUUGAAAGGCCUACCCUCCACCUAAACCUGUUUUACAUUGAAAGGCCUACUCUCCACCUAAACCUGUUUAACAUUGAAAGGCCUACUCUCCACCUAAACCUGUUUAACAUUGAAAGGCCUACUUUCCACCUAAACCCAUUUACAGCAGUCUGACAGUUAAAAACUCUACUCAAGAGGAAUGCCUUCCCUCAACCUCUGCUCUGAAUACAUGCUGAUGAACACUUCAGAAUACUAGAUUGGAACUGUUUGAAGGACUCUUUUUUAGUAUGUGCAAUUAAAAAUAAUCCAAUGUAUUUUACCCUACUGACUUGUUAAUAAUUAUGAAAUACUAACAGGUUUUACAAGCUUCACAACAAUGGCCUCUGUGAGAUAAUUCCUUUUACAGUACCCAGGAAGGUAUUUCCUUUUUAAUUUUACUUUUCCAAUGAAUAGAUUCCAAAUUACACUUCCUGGUAUGAAGUUUUAUUUUAUAAGUAGGAAGUUUUAUAUUCAUGCAACUUUAUAUUUGCAUAAGAUAUUUAAACAUUUACUUUUAAAAUAACAGACUGCAACAGCACUUUAAAGUUUUAACAAGUUACACUAUUUUUCCAUGGUCAGUAACUUCUUUAGAAGUAUCCCUCACAUUGACACAUUGGUAGGAAGAAUUAACGUUGGAAGUGUCCUGACUGGCACACUACACAUUUAGGAAGUAACACUUGAAGUGUUGGAUGUCAACAGAGUUCUCCCUUGGUCAGAUCAAGUGGUUUUUUUAUGGUGGCCUCAUUGUAGGCUGUACUUGAAGCCCAUGUUUAGCUAUUUUGCUUACGAUUCAUUGGUUUGAUGGGGGGGGGGGGUGGUGGUGGUUGUACAGCCAAGUAGAUAGCAAUUAAGCACAUUAAAUUAUAAAGCAUGGGCAUGAAGUCAAUUAUCCCAUUAUGCAGGAAUAGGUUCACACUGCAUUGUGGGAAUAAUGUCCAUGAAGAACUCAAUGUUUUCAGUAUUCAAUUUUAUGUUAAGUUGAAGCAAUGGCCUUUGAGCGAGUCCCCCAAAAUAGGCACUACAAAUCAUCCUGUACUCUUCAUGAGUCUCUUCAUCUUAAUUUGACUAAGUAAAGUGUAGUGGGUCAUAAUACUUAUGUAAAUCCUUCUGUUUGUUAUCUCCUGUGCAGUCAGAACUGUUUCAAGAUGACCUUUACCCUGACACAGCCUCUGAUGUGCCAGCUAUAUCUGCUGAUGAUUUUUUUUCAGGAAAAAAUGCUGAGCCUGUUUUGGUAUGUUGAAGAUGUUUACAUUAAUAGAGUUGUCAAGGUGUAGAAUUGCACUAAAUUUUUUAUAUAUUUUUCCUUUGUCGAUUUGGUUUACUACAUUUUUCUAUUAUGUAUAGGAAAUACAUCUGUAUUAAAUUUUGAAAAGUGCAAAAAUGUUAAUUGCGCUUAUGAGAAUUAUGGCACAUUAAAGAAUAAACACUACUAUAGCUCAUGUUACAUAUUUGUUUUCUCGUGUUUGAUUUUGGUUGUCAGGUUUCACUAAAAGAAGGAUUUGCACCAUCCAAAAAGGAACAGCUCAAAGUGGUCAAGAAAAACAUACUUGAUAAAAUGCCAGCCAAACCCCAGCAGCAACAAUCCUCCAACAAUGCUGAGGCUGCAGCAGCACCCUCGUUGCCGCCUGUAAGUCCUUCAAACCAUCACAUCAUAUCAACCAUAAGUCUGUUGUGAAAUCAAAGUAUAAAUUAUUUUAUAAAUUGCUGCUCAGGGGCAUGUGUUCGUCAGAUCUACUAUUUCAGGAGAUUGUGACAAUUAAAGAUUAUAUGAAAAUCAACCCUCUAUCCAGAAUAUAUCAAUAUAUUUUGUAGUACUUCCUACUGGACUAUUUAUAAGUAUUGGUGGGUUCAAUGCUUUGUGUAUUUAUUUAGGAAUUUGGUGAGGCUUCAAAUAACUAUAAGAAAUUCAUUUGGAUUCACAUGCCUUGCAUUUUUUCCUUCAUCAGUUGUCAUAUUAUUCUGAAAUUAACUUGUUAUUCUGUGUUUAAAAACAAAUAAAAACUUGGGUUUAAUAAAUAAUGCCCAGCUACAUCGGAGUAAAUAUUUAACGGAGUAAAUAUUUAACGGUCAUAUUAAUUCAUUGUUGGUAAUUAUAUCAUUAGCUUAUUUAUUAUGCUUGUGUCCAGCAUAGUUUUGUGUUUUUAAUUUUGUCUGACAAUGAAUUGCAGUGUUUCUCUUUCAUUGGGACUAGAAAAGACACUAAUUUUCAGCUUCCUAUUAAUAUUUGUCCCCAGCCAAGAUCAUUGUGUAUCUAUUUAGUUAUAAGUAAAUAAUUUUGUACUCGCUAGAUCAUAAGUCAUCGGAACAUUAGUCCUAGAGAAACAAUGUAUUCUUUGGACCUACUAACAAAUGUAGACGGUAGCUAUUCUAUUGCUAGCUGUUAAGAAGUUAAAUAACCAAUCAAAAUAAUUGAACGCUCUAAUAGGUUGGUACUUAGUGUUUCUUUCAGGAAUAGUUAAUAUUAUCAUUGUUGAUUACUGUCACUCUUUUAUUUUCCGUCAUCAAAUAAAACACAACGAAGUGCUAUGAUGACUCUCCCUGCAUAAAAAAUUAAAGUCAACAUUUAUUUUUCUAAAAGUAAUUGCCAUUGGAAUUUUCUCAUUGUUUGGAUGGGUUAACCUUUUUUAUUUCUUUAAUUGGAGACACAUCCUGUUAAGUUACAUUCUCAGUCAGUGUAGUUACAUUCUCUGACAUGGUUUUCUUGUGUCAAACAAGGCAGUUACAUAGAUAAGGAUGACACUUUAAAAAAAAAAAAAAAAUCCCAUUGCUGUUUUUGACCUCAGGGUUUUGACCCACAAGCCAUUUUGGAUGACAUGAGAAAACUGAAGCUGAUUGUUAAGGCACAUGAACGGAGGAUUAAAACUUUGGAGGAGAGGCUUUCGCAGUAUGAGAGUGAGGAGGAGGCUGUGGAAGAGGCAUAAGGCUGGCCACCAUCUCUUACACACCUAACUAUGGUUCUUGAAACUUUUUAUUUUUUCGCAUUUCCUUUUGUUUUAGUUUUUCCUUGUUCCACCAGUGUUGGGUUUUGCUUAGUUGCCACUUGGAUAUGUAUUGUUGACACCUUUUACUAAUUAUGUUUUCAGCAAGUUAGAAAUUAUUUUUAUUUAAAAUAUUUUUGUUUACAUCAUCUAUUACCACAUUUUGGGACAUUUUUAUUUUUUUCCCAUUUAAAUAUCUCCAAAAAAAAAUAAUUUUUUAUUGGUUUGAAUUUAACAAACAAAAUUGGCACACACUAGUAAUAGAUAAAUUUAUUCAAGAUACAAGAACCAUUUGCUUAUGUCUUGGAUCUAUUGUCCUUUGGUUACAAUUGGGUUUAUCAAUGAGCCCUUGCUGAAAACUUGUUGGUGAUGUGCCACACAUAAUUUAACAGCUUUUAGAAACAGGAAUCAUAAUCUCAUGGGACAUAACUACUGCUUUCCAUUGGAAUCCUAUUACUAUUAAUGAUGCUAGCCUAAUGACCUGCUUUUGGUGGUGAAUGAAUACUACUAUGUAAUAACUAUCACUUUGAUGUGUCUGUGUUCACAUUUAAAUUAGGCUUGCCAGUCUUUAGAUGAACUGCUAUCCUUAGAGUGUAAUGUCUUCAGUAAUUUAGCUUUACAAGAAAUAACCUUUCUUCUACAAGUCAGAAACUUACCUUUACAAGAUAGAAACUUUAUCUUUACAAGAAAUAAACUUCCCCAUUACUAGAAAAAAACUUACCUUUACAAGUUUAAAAGAUAUAAAUUACCUUUACAAGAUAUAUCACAAGUAACACUUGUGUAAGAUCUGAUCCAGUUCUUACUUUGUAAUUUUAACUCUGUUUUACUCUUCUCAGUUUUCAUACAUACAAUUACAUUUUCUCAUUAUAUAGAGCUGAUGUUUCAUCUCACACCCCUGUGAUUAUGAUCAUGAAAAGUUGUUACGCACACACAAUGGUGUCUCUCUGUCAAGCUAUGAUUUAAACAGUCACUAAUGUGUGACUGUCAAGAUGAAUUUAGCACACUUUUUCAUUUAUAAAACUAACAUGUUGUUAGAUGUGUUCUCUCCUAGUCCACUUAAAAUUUAGCUCUGCUUAAAACAUGAUAGGCCUUGAUUUUUACGUGUAGUCAGUGGAUCAUGCUGUUGUGUGAUCUUUACAAAACACGCUAUAUAUAUAUGUCUGAAUAUAGUUUCUAUUUUUGCUUUUGGACUGAAAUAUUUCUCCUAUUUUCACCAGUCCACAGAUGUCCUCCAAAUGCUGAAAAAUACUGAUGUAGAUUAAAAAAGUAGUGUCAGCUCUUUCAGUAUCAAAAUUUCGCAGCUGACCCCUGAAUAAGAUUGUCAUCACACAUUAUAGCUUUUCCCCUUAUUGAGAUGGUCAGCAUACACCCUCACUUCUCCACUAAAACAGUCUCUUGUCAUCAGCUUGUUUCACUGAGUGUUGUUUUAUUAUGGCACCCGACAGCUCAUGUACCAGUUAUGUAAAUGUAUUUUUAAAAAUAUUUAAAUUUUGAGAUUAAUCUAGUCACAGCAAAAGUCAGCAGUCUUCAGUAGCUAAACAAAUUUUUGGAAUUGUUUUAUGUAGUCUAAGCUUUUCAUCAUCCUGAUAUCAUCCAUAAGAUAAAAUAACUUGAGUAACAUAACAAAUGAGAUUUUUUAAUGCAUAAUUUUACACCAUUUAUUCUGUCUGGUGAACAAUUUUUUGAAGGAAGAAAAAAAUUGUAUUGGGUGGGGCUAUGCAUACUUUCUGAUAGUUCACUUUAAUCAGGUAUGAAGAUAUAGGUGUUUCCUCUCUCAUUAGCUUAUAAACUAUGCUCCUAAUGAACUUUAUCUAUAGAGCAGCUUAUGAUAUCCCAUUAGUGCAUUAUGAAUGGCAUACCACCACAUCAGCAUGGCUAUAUACUACAGUUGAAGGUGGAUGGGAUAAAUAAGACUUUAGUCAAAUGUAUAAAAUGAAAGGUUUACUAAUGGUGUAGGAAGGGAUAGGUUGACUAAUGGUGUACACAGCUCAUGAUCUUUCCCCAGAGAAAAGAUCAGGGGAUGUCGAAUUGUUUUCAUUUCAGGGUUGAUGCUUAUUUUGAUUCCUGUGAGCCUUGAUGGCGCCCUAGUUCUUGUUGGAUUUAAACAAUUAUUUCCCAACAAUUGUGUUUCUAUUGUUAAAGGGUCAUCAACUUAUUAUUAUUUAUUAUCUCAACAGCUACAUUAUUUUGAAAAAAUGGCCAGUAUUCAAUUGACUUGAAAUUAAUGGCACAGCUUCUAAAAAGCCAUGUUAACUUAUUUGAUUAGUUUAUUAACAGUUAAAACAAUCCACAUUAAGUAAAUAGCUAACCUUGUUGACUGCUAGCAUCCUACAGUAGGUCUGUAGCUAACCUGCUAGCAUUGUGUUUGAAAGAAAUGCAUGUCAUCAUUUGAUAAUGGCAAUUUCUGCCGAUUGGAUAAAGCAUGGUGUUCUGGAUAGGGGUGCUAUAUCUUGUUUUAAUGAUCAUUUAACUAUGUACCGGUACUAUACAAAAAGCUUCCACACAAGGCCAGUAAAUAACUAUGACAAGUGACAGUCAGUAUUUUGUUUUUUAGUGUUGACUGUUUCGUAUGAAACAUUUUGUUAGUUGACUAUCUCAAAAUUCAAAAGUUUAACUUUGAACCACCUUUUUUGUUAAUGAAAUAUUUUGAAUGAUCAAUAGAUUAGGUAGGCGGCUAACAUUUUGAAAUCUGUGCGAAUUUAAUAAUAAUUUUUUUUUCCUAACCAUGAUUUGUAGCAAAAGUUUAAAAUGUUGUAUUGAUUCAUGUACUCUUGUGUAAUGCCCUGAGACUCAAUUUUAAUUAAGUGUAAUGCCCCUAAACUGGGUUUUAAUUUAGUAGAAAGCCCUCAUAUUCAGUUCUAAUUAAAUGGAAUGCCUUCAGAUUCAGUUCUAAUUAAGUCUAAUGCCUCAUACUCAGUUUUCAUUUAGUGUAAUGCCCUUAUACCCAGUUCUAAUUAAGUUAAUUCUCUUAGACUCAUUACCUGAUACUAAUUAAGUGUAAUGCCCUCAGGCUCAGUAUUAAUUAUUAAGUGUAAUGUCCAUAGGCUCAGUUCUAAUAUUUGCUUUAUUUUUUUUCAACCCCAUAUGACCCAUAUUAUAAUGACCACCUGACCUCUACUAUAAUGACCACCUGACCUCUACUAUGAUGACCACCUGACCUCUACUGUGAUGACCAUCUCAUAAUGGCCUGUAUUCCCUGGUUCAGCACUCCAUCAAAUUUAAUGUGGAAGACCUGAAGGAUCUUCAAGAGGAAAUCAAAGAGCUCAAAUUGAAGGUGAGAUCACAGGACAAGCGCAUCGGGAAUCUGGAGAACCGCCUCCAACAACUUGAAGACAACGCUGAUGAGGAAGAGGGUGGGGAGGAGGCUUAAAUGUAUUCUUAUGAAUAGACCUCUUUGCUAUAUUUAUAUACUUCUUGACGUGUAUCAACUGAGCAUUAUUAGAGGAUAUUACAACUGGAAUUCUAUAAUGCCUUCACCAAUAUAUCUUGUUUUUGUAUAGCUAUAGUUAUGGUGGGUCAUUUAUUGAAAAUUUAAAAUAGUUUGAUUAACCUAACAAAGGGGGAAAUAAUUAAAAGGCUAAUAGUAAAUGAUGGAACAAAAUUAGUUUCUUGUAACAUAUAGGCGCAGGAACAGUAGACAUUCUACACUAAAGAAGCCCGAAAUAGAAUAGGCAGAGUAGAUGAGAUAGAAAAUGACACUCUGCAUUUACUCUGAUUAGCUUCACUGAGUAAAUAAUUAUUCAAUCCACUAGAACUAUGGACACAAGUUUUAGUUUUUAAAUAUCCUGGUUCGAUCAGUCUGUUGUGCCUGGAUGUGUCGGCAUGACUCUUAUUUCUCUGACUCAUCAUUUAUUAUUAAAGUCAUAUUUUUUUGUUGGUUGAAUCAUAAGAAUUGGUGUUUGUAUUUAAAUAUAAUAUACAACUGCUUCAUAGGUAGAAUUAUGUAAUGCAAUUUUCAUAUUAAAAAAAAAAAGCACAUCUUACGGUAAACAGUUGUUUGUGUGUUUAGUAAGAUGACAUUUUUAUGAUUCUUUUUUAUUUAGUUAGGCCCAGUUUCAUGUAAGGCUUUCAAUACUGUUGUAUUAAAUCUAGAAAACAAAAGUUGCAAUAACAACAAUCACAAUAAUAAAUAGUUUAAGAUGUUCAACAAAAAAAAAAGAGAAAAAAAAACAACUAAGACAACUAAGAAAAUGGGAAGUUUUGAAUCAUUGCUUGGAGCAUAUAAUUAAAAAACCAUUGAGACUCAGUAUUGAAAGCCCCCAGACAGCGCCUUCUAAUGCACAUACAUUGUAAACAUUGUGUUUGAAUGAGAGCAUAAUUUCCCUUGUCUAGAUUUCAUUUCUGAACACAGGUUAGCUAUUAAUUAACUUGGUCCAGAUUUCUUUUCUGAAUGCAAGUCAUAGACAUUACUAAGUUGGUUAAAAAAUAGGCUAUUAGAAAAAUGAAGAGUUGUGACACUUGAUCUGCUAAAUGAGAAGUGUCUGUAUAGCAGUAAGCACCCAUUGACCCAGCAAAACCAGAACAGCCUAAUAAUGUGUCUAGUUCUCACUUCUCUAGUCUUUUUAAGACUUUUGCUAAAUCUGAUUUCAAGAAAAACUAUGUUAAUAGUGACAUUAUUUCUUGUGGACAUUGUAUUUAUGUUAAGGUCAAUGAUAUUUAAUGGGACUUUAUUUAUAGUAGGCAACAUUGGUUUUAUAUCAGUCAAGAUUAUGAAAAAUUAAUUCUAUUUAAAAUGGUUCUUAUUGUUUGUAACUUGUGUGAUCAAAGCAUUGAAUGAAAAAGACGUAAUGCCAGCUUCUUGAAUCAGGGGGCUUUUCAAUCUCUGCUGCUAGGUGUUAUUCUGGUAAGUUGAUUUAGAAACAGGCGAAUUGGUAUAAUACUUGUUUCUAAUGGAACAAUCUUAAAUAAUAAUAUAUGACAAACGAUUAAAGAAAUUUAAAUCAAUAAUUAUAUUGAUCAGUGGGUAAAUUGAUGGGUUUUUAAAAAAAGUUUUGCUGUUUUCAUUUUAACACGUUGAAUAAAAAAUUAAGAAGGAUGGUUUUAUGAAUAGUUGCAUUAUAAAGAGCCACGGCAAAGACAGUCGUAGGGAUCUUUUUGUGUCAUGUUUGGUGCCAUCUCUGAUGUAACAUGUGUUCUCUUUAAUAUGUAGAGGUGUGCAGCAAACUUUGCUGAACUCUUUGAUGACAAAGCAGUUUAAGUUUUGUAAAUUGUUAACAGACCAGUCUAAAAUUCAGUAACUUGACCUAUCGGGUGAACUUAUUUUUUUUAUUGUAUUUCAUUUUCACUUAUUUUUAAACAUUGAUAGCAUUUUUAUUUUGUAUGUGAACAUAAUAUAUAAAUUUGUAUAUCUGCACCAGAGCAUUGCUGCGUAAUGUUAUGUAAAAAAUUACAUGCAUGUUUUAGUUGCUUUUUUUAAACCAAUUCCUAAAAGUAUAUGUCAUUGAGCUGAUUCAUUUAUGUGCAAGUCAAAUAACUGUUAUUGUUUGUGAAGUCAUAAUUUCAUGUGUCCUCUUAUUAGUCUUAUUGUUGCUGAAUGAAUGCAUUAUGUGGUCUCAAAGUGAACUGAAUGUAAUUACUUGAUCUUCUCAAAGCGCCCAUUGGUCCUAGGCACAUUGAGGAGGCACUAAGUACAUUUUAAUUAAAUCCAUGUACUUGAAGAAAGUAUGUUUAAACAGCUGUUAGAUGUGACUUUCUAACAUUUUUUUAACAAAAAAAUAAAGAUUUCCAGAUGCCUAAUUUGGGUUACAUCAUUUUAUUUUUAGUGUAUUUCUAUACUUGCGUACUAUUGAACAUUGUAUGUACUACCAAUGGGUGUCAAGAGAUACGUUCAAGUCAAAAGCUGCAUCAUAAAGACUCUUUCAUUCAAUUCCAUUUCUUUAUGGCAUGCUGUUCCUGAAUUACUCAAGGCCAUGGUAAAUGAUUUUUAUUGUUUUUUGAAAUGGUGGUUUUGUUGGUUGUCCUUUUGGGUAGUGUUGCAGUUUUGAAGUAUUUGCCUAGCAAAUCUAGGACGCUGUUUGGUUAUUACUAGAGCUAAAAAUGUCAGUCUUGAUUGGAUGCAUAGAUAACAUAAUUUGUUGGUAAAAAUUAGAGCUAAAUUUUGUCAGUCUUGAUUGGAUGCAUAUAUAUUAACAUAAUUUGUUGUCUUUGUUUUGCUGUUUCACUUUGCUAACAUUGCCACUGUAAAAAUCAACAUUAAUAAAUACAUAAUAAUGAUUUUUGAACUCUUAGUACUUGCUCACUUGUUUUCUUUCAUGUGAAAUUUUUGUUUCUCUUUAUUCUUUUUGUGAAAAUCUUGUGUAACAUAUGUAUUCCAACUGACAGGGUGAUAUAUAAUUGCUAGAUUUUUGUUCUAGUUUAUUUUUUAAAAGUCUUUUCUUCCAUCUAUUGCAUUUGAAGCUGUUCUAUUCCUAUCAUUAAGUUCUUUGAAACUACUGCACAGUAGAAAACUAUUUUCAAAGAAUGUCUCACUGUGAAGAAAUAACACUUGUAAACUUAAACUGUGACACUUGUUUCAAUGGUUACAUAAAGCAAUCACUUUGACAGCAAUACAUUUUAGCUGACAUUUUCCAGACAUCUCCAACUAGUAAUGUAAGAAAUGGAUAAAUUCCCAUUCCAACAGCCACCGAGACUUUUUGAUCUUGUAUACCACAAACUAUUUGUUGACAACAGAACAUGUUUAAAUUGGAAAUCAAAUUUUCUAUUCUUUCACAAUUAUAAAUCUCUUUAAAAACAAAUAUUUUUAAAAAAUUAGUCUGUUAGAUGUAUGUUUUGAAUACAAUGAACUAACAAGAUUAGUGGCUUUUUUUAUCAGCAUUAUCAUCAACAAAAUAUUUGUUUCUUGUAGUGAUUCCCAUUGAUUUCAACUCUUGAACUGUCCCUUAUAUUUAAGUUUUUUGAUUUUUGUAAAGGCUUCCUUUUGUGUGAUAGGAGACAAAGGAAAUGUGAUAGGCUAAGGGCUGGCUUCAUGUUGGACAUGUGUGAGAGAUUGAGUCACUGUAUACUUGAGGCUGGUGUACAAAGCUGUACGUGCCGAUUUCAUGGAAUGUAAAAAUGGCUGUUAUUGUAUUAUCAAAAUAGAAUUCAAAUGCUGAUGGAAAUUGUAGUACUCAUGCUAUGAGUCAGAGGGAAAAAAGUUUUAUUUCACCAAGAUAAAUACAGCUUGUUAUGUGUAAAAAAUUUACUUCAUAUUUAUUUAUUGGAUAGGAUGAGGCUAUACAAAUAUUAUUUUCACUGCAAUUUGUGAUACGUUGAAUUGAAAUAACAUAAAUUAGUUGGUUUGCCAUAUACUCUUACAGUAAUUGUGUAGUUUGUGCAUGAUGAAGUCAGAUGAAAAGAACUUUAAAAGAGGUAUCUUUCAAGUAAAUUCUAAGAUCUCAUUAGACUUGGUGACAUCUCAUUGGUGUACAUUUAUUGUAUCCUUAAACUGUGUAUACAGUAGGGUUGCCAGGACUUAUGGUUUCCCAGUAAGCUUUGUGGGUUUUCUUCCCUUAGUUUAAUACCGGUAGCUAAAUAAGUGUUACUUUGGUUUUCUACAUUUGUUUUUUUUUUAAACUCAAUUUUUUUAUGUUUGGGGUGGAUUUUCCUUGUUUUAUUUUUCCUGGCAACCCUCAUCUAUAGUUUGGGAUGCCCUGUAAUUUUGUUUUUCUGUUUACUAAGUUUGAUUUUGUAUAUUUUGAAUGCUUCCUGUCUUUACUUUUAUAAUAUAUACCUACACUAUUAUUAUUUUGUUGUGUUUUUUUAAAAAUAAAAAUAGUUUGGAAAAUUAAGCAAGAGACAGAAAGGAGCCCCAGGAUGCUCUCAAGAUUUAACUUUUUUUAAAAUAUGAAUAAUUUUGAUUUCUUUUAAUUCAUUGUAAUAAUAAAAGCAACUGCUUAAUAUAAUUUGUAUUUUUUGGUUUGGUGCAAUCUGAGAGAAAAAAAAUUAAAUCUUUCUUUUCAUAUGGAUGAAGUUGUACAGUUAAAUGUUUUUUUAAACAUCAAACAAAAUUCUUUUUAAAGAGACAUAAUCUGAUAGCUUUCAUAAUACUUUCAUACCCCUUAUGGAAUAUUUUAGGAAUAUGCGGUCACAGUAAAAGAACUAUACAUUGAUUUUUUAAAAAUUUUAUUUUGUAUUCACCUCCCAUUUUCCAUGGCCUCCAAGUAAAAAAAAAAGAUUUUAAGAUGUUGCUUUUAGGAAGGAAAAAAAUAUAAUUAGAUUCGAGGUUACUAUGCAAUUAUGUGCCUCUUAUUUCUGUUUUUAUGACAUGCUAAAGACUAUUUUUAGAACCAGUUUAACUGCAGCAAAUUUCAAAUCCUAUGUGUUGGUUGGUGAAUGAGAUUGCAUUUGUGUUUCAUACUUCUAUGUAUUAUACUUGUGCCUGCAAGGUUGGGAGAGGAAUCAUACUUUGUACAUGUGAGGUUGGGAGAGAAAUCAUACUUUGUACAUGCAAGGUUGGGAGAGAAAUCAUACUUUGUACAUGCAAGGUUGGGAGAGAAAUCAUACUUUGUACAUGCAAGGUUGGGAGAAAAACCAUACUUUGUACAUGUGAGGUUGGGAGAGGAAUCAUACUUUGUACAUGUGAGGUUGGGAGAGAAAUCAUACUUUGUACAUGCAAGGUUGGGAGAGAAACCAUACUUUGUACAUGCAAGGUUGGGAGAGAAACCAUACUUUGU